UUAUCAGUGCUACGGCGAUAGCGACAGCUGCAACGGGUCUGAUGUUCUCACAGGGUACGAGACUCUGGACGCCCCACCACACUACGACUUCUAUGCCGACACAGAAGUGUGGGGCCGACGGAAACACUUCAGACCUUCUCUGUAUCAGCUGUAUGCCAACCCUCAGGAGGACUCCAGCCCUCCUAUGUAUGAGGAGACCACAGCUGGACAGAUGGAAGGAGGCAGCUCUGGGGAAGAGAUGGAUGAGGAUGAGGAGCCAAAGGAGCCACCAUCUGAACCAACUCGCUUUGGCUGGGUACAGGGUGUCAUGAUCCGCUGCAUGUUAAAUAUCUGGGGGGUGAUCUUGUACCUGAGGCUUCCUUGGAUCACCGCUCAAGCUGGUAUAGGUCUGACCUGGGUGAUUAUUUUGCUCUCCUCUUGUAUAACUGGGAUCACUGGUGUGUCAACCUCAGCUAUUGCUACCAACGGUAAAGUCAAAUCAGGUGGAACCUACUUCCUGAUCAGCCGUAGCCUCGGUCCCGAGUUGGGUGGAUCUAUUGGUCUCAUUUUUGCCUUUGCUAAUGCUGUAGCAGUGGCCAUGCAUACUGUGGGCUUUGCUGAGACCGUUCAAGACCUCAUGCGUGAAAAUGGAGCCGUCAUGGUGGAUCGAACUAAUGACAUCCGCAUCAUUGGCAUCGUCACUGUCACAUGUCUUCUAGGAAUCUCCCUGGCUGGCAUGGCAUGGGAGUCAAAGGCCCAGAUUCUGUUCUUUCUGGUCAUCAUGGUGUCGUUUGUCAAUUACAUUGUUGGAACGAUCAUCCCUGCUUCACCACAGAAGCAAGCCAAAGGUUUCUUUAGCUACAAAGCCGAAAUCUUUGUAACCAAUUUUGGGCCCAGCUGGCGGGGGCCAAAAGGAAGCUUCUUUGGCAUGUUCUCUAUUUUCUUCCCCUCUGCCACUGGCAUCUUGGCAGGUGCCAACAUCUCUGGAGAUCUGAAGAAUCCAACAGUGGCAAUUCCAAGAGGAACACUGAUGGCGAUAUUCUGGACCACUGUUUCCUACCUCAUCAUCGCUGCUACCAUUGGAGCCUGUGUGGUACGAGACGCAUCUGGGUCGUUGAACGACACCUUAUCUGCAUCUUCAUUCAACAGUAACUGUGUUGGUUUGGCUUGUCAGUACGGCUGGGACUUCAGUGACUGCAUCAACAACAACACGUGUACAUAUGGCAUCAUUAACUACUAUCAGUCGAUGAGCAUGGUGUCGGGUUUUGCUCCCCUCAUCACUGCGGGUAUAUUUGGAGCCACGCUGUCCUCUGCUUUGGCCUGCCUGGUGUCUGCUCCCAAAGUGUUCCAGUGUCUCUGUAAGGACAAACUCUACCCUCUCAUUGGCUUCUUUGGGAAGGGAUAUGGCAAGAAUGAAGAACCGCUCAGGGCGUACCUCCUGACGUACCUUAUUGCCAUCUGUUUCAUCCUCAUUGCUGAGCUCAACACGAUUGCUCCCAUCAUCUCCAACUUCUUCCUCUGUUCCUACGCGCUCAUCAACUUCAGCUGUUUUCACGCUUCAAUCACCAAUUCACCAGGAUGGCGCCCGUCCUUCAGGUUCUACAGUAAAUGGGUGUCACUGCUGGGUGCUGUUUGCAGUGUGGUGAUCAUGUUCCUGCUGACUUGGUGGGCAGCCCUCAUUGCCUUUGGUGUUGUUCUCUUCCUGUUGGCAUACACACUGUACAAGAAGCCUGCUGUCAACUGGGGCUCAUCCGUGCAGGCAAGCUCCUACAACAUCGCCCUGUUCCAGUGUGUUAGCCUCAACCAUGUGGAGGACCAUGUCAAGAACUACAGACCUCAAUGCUUGGUUCUAACAGGUCCUCCAAGCAGCCGUCCAGCUCUUGUGGAUUUCGCCGGCACCUUCACCAAGAGGCUCAGUCUUAUGAUAUGCGGCAAUGUGGUCACAGCUGACCCCACCCCUUCAGCGGUUGAGAAGGCAAACAGCAAGAGUCAUGUUACCUGGCUGAGCCAACGGAAAAUCAAGUCCUUCUACAGAGGAGUGGUGGCAGCAGACCUACGAUCUGGUGUUAACACGCUGAUGCAGGGGGCAGGGUUGGGUCGUAUGAGGCCAAAUGUACUGCUGAUGGGUUUCAAGAAUGACUGGUGCAGUGACUCACCUCAGGCUGCGCACAACUACAUCGGAAUUCUGCAUGAUGCAUUCGACCUGCAGUUUGGAGUGUGUGUGCUGAGAAUGAAUGAAGUGGCCCUGACAAAGUCAUUUCAGCCACAUGUCAAUGAAUGCUUUGAUGGAGAACCAGACAGCAAAGACCUCCCUUCUACUCUUCAAACCAUCACUACAUCCACCUCUUCCUUUGCUCCCGAACCUCAACCUGGUACCGUGUUUCAGAAAAAACAAGGAAAGAAGACUAUUGAUGUCUACUGGCUAUCUGAUGAUGGAGGUUUGACCCUGCUGCUGCCCUACCUGCUCACUCGGAGGAGGCGCUGGGCCAGAUGUCAAGUCCGAGUGUUUGUGGGAGGAGAAAUGAGCAAGAAGGAGGAGCAGAGAGCUGAGGUAUUAGCACUUAUUAAAAAGUUCCGACUGGGUUUCCAUGAUGUCCAAGUGCUUCCUGACAUCCACCUGAAAUCUCAUCCUGCAAACGUUCACCAGUUUGAGGAUAUUGUGGGUCGUUUCAAAGUGGAGACAAACCCCAAGCAAGGUUCUGAUUUGGGGCCGCCAAGAUCACACCAACAACCCUGGAUGAUCACAGAGCAGGAUCUCCAGAGGAACAGGGUCAAGUGUCUCCAUCAGAUUCGUCUGAAUGAGAUUCUCCAGGAUUAUUCCAAAGAGGCUGCACUGAUUGUUAUUACCAUGCCCGUGGGGAGGAGAGGGGUGUGCCCCAGUACUCUCUCCCUGGCCUGGCUGGAUGUCUUGUCUCAUGAUCUGAGACCUCCAGUCCUGUUGGUCAGAGGAAACCAUGAAAAUGUUCUCACCUUCUACUGCCAAUGAGAUGCAUACAUAAUGAAACACAACUUCAAAUUUGCAGUCA